AUGAAGUAAGUGAAUGUUUUUAGGAGAUAUAUCCGACAAAUUAAAUGCAAUCAUUAAAAAUUGCUGUAACAUUUUCAAGAAAUUAUACCUGUGAAAGAUUUGUAAUAAAUAUAAUAUUAAUCUUUUCAGGAUCGGUCUUUGUGCAUAUAGUGGAUACAAAAUAUAUCCAGGCCAUGGUAAAACAAUGGUAAAAGUGGAUGGAAAAGUAUGUUGAACAAAAUUCAAUUAAAUUUAUUUAUGUUGAUCGUAAUAUUAUUAAGUUUUUAUUACAGUUACUUCAUAAUUAAAUAAUUCUUUAUUUAUUCAUGUGACAACCAUAACCUCUGCAUAUUUUCAGACAUUCACUUUUCUAAAUUCAAAAUGUGAAUCUGCACAUUUAAUGCGACGUAAUCCAAGAAAAGUCACAUGGACUGUAUUAUAUAGGUAUAUUUAUCUCUAAUAUUUUAUAUAUUAUUAGAGACAAGAAGUAAUUAUGAAAUGUAUAAUUUAAUGUUAUAGACGAAAGCACAAAAAAGGGCAAGAAGAAGAACAAACGAAAAAGAGAACAAGACGUACUCAAAAAUUCCAACGUGCUAUUGUAGGUGCAUCUCUUACUGACAUUUUAGCAAAACGUAAUAUGAAACCAGAAAUUCGCAAAGCGCAAAGAGAACAAGCAAUCAAAGCUGCGAAGGAACAGAAAAAAGCUGCAAAAGCGUCGAAGAAAGCAGUUGCACCUCCUAAAACGAAAACUCUGCCAAAGCAUAAAAUUGCAAGAGUAACACAAAAAUCAGCCCCACGUCAUUUAAAUGUGCCGCCUCAAAAGCACCGAGGAAUGCAUAUCGCAUUCCAAGCCCUUCACUCAUAACGGCGUCUAUAUCUUUGGCGCUUAAAAUUCCAUCAGCUACGAGUCUCCAAGUUUCAUUUAAAAUUGCAUAUCUAAACAAAAAGAUACAUACCGGAUGCGAUACAAUAAUUUGUUCACGAUGCUUUAACUUCUCGCUAAACAAGGAUGGACGGAAAGUAGAUGUUGAAGAAGAUAAAAUUACUCUAUUAUCAACUAAUUUAUCAAGUUCGUUGUAAACCUUAAGUUUUAAUGGUAAAUUUUCGGGAACGCAUUCUUGUAUAAAUUUUGCUCCCUUUACAACUUCAACUAAAUUAGACGAUCCUGUUAACAAUUGAUUGAAUUAAUUUCAAUAUGUUGUAUAGUUAUAUUAAUUCGAAUAUUAAUUUUAUGAACAGUUAAUUAUAUAUAUCUAGAUAUAUAUUGCGACAAGUAUGUGUGCGAACCUGUAAUUAAUUUAAAUUGCUGAUCCGCGGUGAGUGAGCCUCUUAAAAGGCCACUACUUUCGAGACGCUGCAAUUGCUGUUGAAUAUCUUCGAGAGCACGAUUGAUUUGUUCUUUUACAAUGUCAUAAAUAAUUACUUCGUAUCCUACGCUGGCAAACAGCAUUGCCCAACUUCGGCCGAUGAGACCGCUAAAAUAAAUAUUAUAUUAUUAUUUUAUUUCAGAUUAAAUCAGUGCAUCCGAUAUUACUGUAUUUUUCAAUCUUACCGUUUCAAUUUAUCAUUUGUUGUUAUAAAUUGCGUUGUUUAAAUAAGAUUAAUUAAUUUUUAAGUUUGAUAUCUGUAGCUAGAUAUUAA